GACAGUUGUCAAACAAAGUUUGUUUUGCAUUUAUAAACAAUUUAAAGCAUUAUGGCAGAAGAUAUGGACUCAGACGGCAUUACAGACUCACCAAAAAAAGGACCAACAUUAUCAACAUCGACUUCAAGUUUUGAAGCCCUAGAUCCUCAUGACCCGAAUUUAAGCAAAUUAGCGAAUAACAUGUUCAGUAAAACUUCCGAGUAUUUGUAUGGGGAGUUAACGUCCACCCUGGACGAUUACAGAUUGUUGGAAAACAUGAAUCGAGCAACGAUUACAAAGUAUUCAGAUAUGAAGCACAUAGCUGGCAAUGUGUCGAAAAGUAUGGCGGAAUUGAACGAAAAAUAUGAGAGUUUGGCGCCUUUAUUACAGCAAAUCGACCAAAUAGAAGACAGCGUCGUCAAGUUGGAACAAGCUGCAUACAAACUGGAUGCCUACUCUAAAAGGCUAGAAGCCAAGUUUAAAAAUCUCGAAAAACGUUAGUUUAUGUAAAGUAUAUUUUGUAAAUAAAGUGUUAUAAAGUUUUAACAGU